AUGCAUCCACCAACACCAUCCAAAGCCAGCCAUCGCGCCCUCUUCCUCCCCGAGAUCCUCACCGAGAUAAUCGCCUGGAUUCACGCCGACACGCUCAACACCUGGCCCGCCACGCGCUCUCCCUUACCCCCAGAAAUCACCCCCACCCCCUCCCCAUCCACCGAUGCCUUCACCAACCCCAUAACUAAAGACCGACAACUCAACUUCGAAGACGGCCCGGCCUCGGACUCCAAGACCACCUGGGACGAGGACGCAGACGAGCCCGAAACCACAUGCCACUACACCCGCACCGGCGCCCUGUACCGUUGCGCCCUCGUCAACCGCCCCUGGUCAGCCGUGACCCUCCCCGUGCUCUGGAGCGAAGACCUCGAAUGCUCGUACAGCAGCAACGACCUCCCCGACCGACUGGCGCGGAUCGCCGACCCCGCGCGCCGACAGGUGUACGCUGCGAUGGUGACGCGCGCCCGCCUCGUCACCGUCUCCGAGCCGGUCGCGCAGGGAUACGGCGCCGCUCUGCGCGAGGUCGAGUUCCCCCGGCUGGAGUCUGUCACCUUGGUGUGUCCCGGGGCGGGAGGGGGUGAGUUGUCGUACGUGCCGCCGGUGCGGGGCGGCCGGGUCAGGGUGCUGGAGAUCGAUCCGCGAUUCGAGUCGUGGCCGGAUACGUACUGCGUGCGGCAUGCGGAGUGGGAGGCGUUGUUUGGGGAGAUUCCGACGAUAUUCCCGAAUGUUGAGACGGUGGUGUUCAAGGACCGUGCGAGGGUGUUUCCGGGGGCGCUGGAGCGGUUUGCGGAGAGGUUAUCUGCUUUGAAGCGGUUGGAUCGUCGGCUCGUUAUUGAGAAUGAGGAUAUUUAUAGUCCCGGGUAGAGAUGCAUAGCGGCAUGUGGGUUGUGCUGGGAGUGUGGGGAAGAGGGUGGGCGGAGGUUGGUUUAGGGCUGGUUUUUAAGGUAUGUAUACAAAUGUACUGAGCGGGUUAAGGCUCUGCCAUUCUCCGGUGGUUCAUCAUUUCCGAGGUUCCUUCCCCGUUUUACUCACUUUCCACGCUUUCUGACUUGGGGCCACAAAGCUGGACUUGAUUUACCAACUAGUCCUACCCUUUUAUUGAAAG